GGCUAACAGUUUUAGCCUUCACCUAGCCUAGUAAAGCUAAUCUUGCUCUCCACGAGCCAGCUGAACGGCUGAGGAGGCCGUUUGUAGCCUAUCACCGCGCGCUUUCAUGCCUGGUUUUCUCCUGGCGCUGUCAUCCUCUGUCAGCUGAGGUCUUUACUGUACUGUACACCCCGCAACACCGCCAAGUAAACACCGGCCAGCCCCCAUGAAGACUCCGCCACUGUCCCCUCACAAAUGGAGGCCAGUUGAAUAGCACCUCGCAGACGCGUGGAGCCCGAGGCACCAUGGAUCUCCCAGCGCCUGCUCCAGUGGUAGCCCUUCUCCACUGACCCUUAUCUCCUCCUCCUUCCUCCACCUCUCUCAUCUACCCCUCGUUCUUCAUACCCCACUACCCCCCACCCCCACGUCUUUGACCCUAGCUUCCCACUCAGCGCAUCCUACAUCAUGGCAGGGGAGAAAGGGCCCAACAAGAGGAGCGCCAUGGACAUCAAGCGCCUGGCGAGCCUCAUCCAGAGAGGGACAGGCCGCUUGCUGGUAAUUGACAGCAGGACGUUUUCUGAGUACAACGCGUCACACGUACAGGGCGCGGUCAACGUUUGCUGUUCAAAGCUGGUGAAGAGGCGACUGCAGCAGGACAAAGUGUCUGUCACUGAGCUGCUUCAACCCAAUGGCAAAGUGAAGGUUGAGCUGGGCAGGAAGCAGGAAGUGGUGGUUUAUGACCAGAGUUCCAAAGAAGCAGGGCAUCUGUCCAAAGAUGGUUUUGUGCACAUUCUCAUGGGAAAGUUGGAGGGCACCUUCCACAAAGUCUCCCUUCUCACCGGAGGCUUUGCAGCUUUUUCCUCCUGUUUCCCCGGCCUGUGUGAAGGGAAGCCUGCCACUGCUCUACCUAUGAGCUUGUCCCAGCCCUGCUUGCCUGUAGCUAACGUAGGGCCUACUCGCAUCCUGCCUCACCUCUAUUUGGGAUCACAAAAAGACGUCCUCAAUAAGGAUCUGAUGGCUCAGAAUGGUAUCACCUAUGUGCUGAAUGCCAGCAACACCUGCCCCAAGCCAGACUUUAUCAGCGAAAGCCAUUUCAUGCGCAUCCCAGUAAAUGACAACUACUGUGAGAAAUUACUUCCAUGGCUGGACAAAACGAACGAAUUCAUAGACAAAGCUAAGGUAUCAAACUGCAGAGUCAUUGUGCACUGCCUGGCUGGAAUCUCACGUUCAGCAACCAUCGCCAUAGCAUACAUCAUGAAGACAAUGGGCCUAUCGUCAGAUGAUGCCUACAGAUUCGUAAAGGACAGAAGACCGUCCAUAUCCCCCAACUUUAACUUCCUGGGUCAGUUGCUGGAGUUUGAGAAGGGCCUGCGAUUACUCCAAGCUUUAACCUCCGAUGACAAGAAAUCUGAAAACAACACUAAGCAGAAUUCAGAGGUUAAUGGAGUCAUCACAGGUUUCGAGAUGAAUGGUCAUCACAGCAACUGUGACUCAUCCGCCACAGAGCCACACAUCCCACCAGAACCCAAGCUGCCGUCACCCUCCUCUCUCCAGCAAGGCUUCAAUGGCCUGCACCUCUCUGCAGAGAGGAUCAUGGACACUAAUCGACUCAAACGCUCCUUCUCCCUAGACAUUAAGUCUGUCUAUUCCCCUAACAGUCCCCACUGCCCCAACCUGGCACCCACACACUCUGAAGACGUCCCCAAGCUGUGCAAGCUUGACAGCCCAGGAAGAGGGAUCUCCAAUGGUGUCUGUUCUCAGUCUCCCGUCCUUGACAGCCCCAGCUCCUCUGAUUCACCAUUCCCCUCACCGGGCAGUGGGGGCAGCAUAGGAGGCUUGGGAUUCAGUGGAAGUGAAGGAGUCCAUCGUUCUGGUUCUUCCUCAUCCAGACCCAGAAGAAAAACCAAACAAAACUGCAGCAGUUCGCCGAUCCACUCCCAACCACGCCAGCCUCCGCAGUCUCUCAACUUGCUGCUGGACCACAAGAGCCCUAGCCUGGAAGAAAACAUAAAGGGCUCCCUGCUCCUCUCAUUACCUUCCCUGCCCACUGUGGGUUCUGGGGCUAUGUGGACCAAACACAGAGACACUGUCCAAGCCACAACCCCCGUCACUCCAGUCACCCCGACUGCAGAUGCUCCCUGGCACUUUGGAGCAGAGGAAGGUGGUCAGGGAGAGAUGGAGCUGGGAGCAGGAGAGGUAGGGGGACAGGAGUCGUCGGUGAGGUUCGGUAGCAGCUCGGCGUAUGUGGCAUUUGGGUGUAGCGAAGGUGUGCGGUUACGAGACAAAUCCCAGAGGGAGAAGCCGUCAGCACCACAGACGCAGCGAGACCUCCGAGACUCUUCGUCGUCUUCAGCAGUGACAAUGUCCACCAGCUCGAGUAACAGUGGGGCUGCAUCUGAAAAGCAGUUCAAGCGGCGCAGCUGUCAGAUGGAGUUUGAGGAGGGCAUCUCUGAGACAAGGUCCAGGGAAGAACUGGGGAAAAUCGGGAAGCAGUCAAGCUUCUCCGGGAGCAUGGAGAUCAUAGAGGUAUCCUGACAGAUAAUGAACAUCAUCAGAGCUGCCCUGUGGGGGCAAAAAUGGACCUAGUUAGAGGGAGCGCAGGAAGAGGACUUCAAGGUGGAGCCGAGGAGUUGUUAUUGGAUUUUUUUUAAGCUCCCCUUACAGACAGUGUUAAAGACUCUAGUUGAGAGAAGGACAAAUGCAAGCUGAGCGUUAAUGUGAAAAGGUUAGCAUUCGCACCUGGACAGACAGAGCCUCAGAUGUGGUGCUUAGCAGACCAUAACCAUCCUGAACUCUUGUACAAAAAUGAAGAAAAAUCUUGGGGGGGAGGGAGGUAAAGAGGACAAAUCUAGGUACUGAACUCUUUAUGUUUAUGAGCUCUGUCCCAGACAAAAUGAAACAACCCAGGGCAAAUGUUGCAUCCUUAAUAUAUAGAAAUCUUCCCUUAUUUUGACAGAGUUGAGACACAAACUGCUUGCCUGUGGUCAAACGUAGCGUGUUUCAGUGGGUGUAUAGCUUGUGAUUUGAACCAAGCCCGAUGUUCUCUCUCCCGACGCUUCACCCCGGUUUCGAUAAGCCUCAUAAGCUCGCACGGCUACGUUUGUCCCCCUUCCCAGUGGCUCUGCCUACUACAGGGAAAACAAUAAAGGACUCCUUAACAGCACCAUAUCCUCACAUCGCCACAGCACAAGGCAGAGAGAUCCAAAGGACUUAAUAUUAAGGCGGUACUGCACCCUGACAAUGAAGGAUCCUCUGCAUUUUGUUGAUGAAAAGACUAAUUGAAGAAUGGGCAGUGUUUCCCCCUCCUAAAGCACAGUGCGCCUUUCCUGACUUUGUUCCCUUGUUUCCAGUGUUAACAGCGUGAUGGGACUGAGGUUUCAGGAUGCUGAUGAGGGUAUGCGUUAAUAACCCCUCAGCUCGCUAUUAGACCCCCUCCAAGCCUCCUCCCACUCCUUUCAGUCACCACCUAUGGUCGCCGCUGAGCAUGCACCUGAGAGGCUGACUACAGACAGACGAAUACUAUAUAUACAAUAUGAAUAUAUAUAGCAAUUUUAAUGGACUUCUGUUCAGUUAUAGUUUUAAUUUAUUGUAUUGGUUCAUUCUGGUAAUGAGAAAUAAUAUAAUGUUUUGUGGAUUUAUUUCUUUUUUCUUUUGUUGAAUUAUAAUUAUUAUUAUUAUUUGCUGUAUGGUAUUUAUGAACACACACUCAAACGAAUACACACAUUCAACAAAUUCAAGCAAAGCAAUAUGUGAUGUUCCUUCUUUGGGGAGAGUGAUGUAUGAUCCUGAGAUGCACUUUUCUGCUUUUCUGGUAACAAUUAGUCAAAUUAUCUUUCACAUCCUUGCAACAUGAUACUCCUAAAGCCAAGUUUUGCCUCUUUUUUUGUACUUAGAAGAUGACACACACUCCCCUCUAAUAUCUUUUAAGGACAGCACCGCUGUUCUCGCUCAUCUGCAGCGUGAACUCGUUGAUUUCAAUUGAGGGCUUAAGCGUUACCUAAAAAGACUGUUUUGUUUGCCUGUGUGAAGAGGGAGACAGAGUAGCCAUGCAAUCUCUGAUCACUCACACACAGUGAAACAUCCUCUGCCAGUUUCAUGAGGGCUUGCAUAACAACAGCUUUAUGCAAACAGACGCAUCUUUCACAAGUUUGAGAUUUAAAGGCUGAGCGUCCUCCCUGAGCCAGCACAUGUUUAUCAGUCAUCAUCACAGUGCAUCCACCAAAGCUGAAACCAACACACACACACACGCAUACACACCUCAUACUGUAUGCCCUUAUACUCACACAUGUAAAGCCUAGCUCCCCUCCCUUCUACACACACACACACACACACACACUUUUUUUCAUUCUCAGGGGAUCUUUCAGUGAGCCAAGCCCGACACAGGGUACACAGCUGCUGGUACAUCAGCACAAUGCAUGUCCGUAAAGCUCCUUAGCUUUUCUUUCUGUCUGUUUUUCAUUUUCUUAUUUCUUAUUUUCCAAAGCUUUGAAUAAAAACACCAGUAACAAAAUGGAAAGAAAAAAGAAGUGAGGAUCUUCGUAUCCUGAGGUGAAAGACAUGAAUGCUCUCCUGGUGCGAGAUGGUUAUUUAUUUAUGAUGUAAAUGUGUUUAUUUUUCCUUUGACCCUUGAUUAGCUUUACUCUUUGGCGAUCUCUGACUUUUGACCUUAUGCUGCUGCAACUACAGUAAGUUCAGAUAGAUUCCUAUGUUUCCCCCGGGGCUCAAGCAACCUUUCUUUUCCUCACCUCCCUCCUUAUAUUUUUAAAAAACUGUUGUUAGAAUUAUUUAUGACAUGUAACAAGGAUGAUGCAGGCUGUCCCAUUUGCUAAAAUUAUUAUUAUUGUUAUUAUUAUUAUUAUUAUUAUUAUUAUUAUUAUUAUUACUAUGUUGUUGUGUAAAUAGCAACGCAUCUAAGAACACUGAUGAAUUUCGAUGAGUUUUUAAAAGAAAAUCCUGAUACCUUAGGCUGCUUGAUGCAAAAAUACCUCAGGUUCUACUGAAAGGCUUUUCCUUCCCCUGUUCAUGUUUUUGUGAAAAUGAGACAAAAAUACAGAAAUGACAAAAUA